GGCCCACAUGUCUGGGUUGGCAGGGAAGGUGACCAGCUCAUACUGAUGCUGGGCUAACUCUGUAAGCAAUGUGGGGCGGGGGACAAAAGGUUAACGUUAAGAAAAAAACGGAACUCAAGUUGAUGCAGCAGCUGCUGUGGAGGCAAGCAGGGAGGACAGGCACUCAGAGGCCUCCGGAGGGGAGCCCCGGCCUGGACCCCGGCGGGGGCGCCCGGCCCCGCGCGCACCCUGCCCAGGGGGCGGAGGAACUCCUCUGGGCGUGCCCACGGCCGCGUGUGUCUCGCACACUAGAGAUGAACGCGGCUCUCCCCCAAAGGCGCCCACCUCGAAGCAGCCACUUGGAGCCACCCCGGCCCGGGAUGUUUUCCUGGGAUUCCAACUCCGGGCCGCACGACAGAAACGCGUCCACGCCCCGAAACCCCCGGCUUUUAAACUCCACUGAAGCUUCUUCAGGACCCUCAGAUGAGGAGGGGGGUGCCACCAGCCAAGCCAAACAUCCUGUUCUCCCCGAGAUAAAAGGGCAGCCCUCAAACGAGCCGCGGAACGCCGGAGCUCCUCUGAGCCGAGUGACUUCACCUGCAGCAGCCUCUGGGACAGGAAAGGUCAGGACUUGCUCCUUCAACAAACACAAACUUCUGCCAGAAAAGUUAGAAAACUCGUUUAGUUGGAAGACAUGAAGAAAUCUGCCUUUCUUCUAGGGGACCUGGCGAGAGGUGGGGUGGGCUAGUGGAAACUGAAGGUGACAUGAACUUGGACCCAGACCCUUCAGGGCUCAGUGAAGAGCUGGCUACAGAGGAAGGAAAGAAAAUGAGCGUCUUUCUUUGUGAAUAUGACCUGAGCCAAUGGCAAAACUUUCGAGGAGCAGGGCCAGCCAGGCCAUCAUGCCUCAAACCUGGGGUGAGACACUCAGAGCCCUGAGUCACCUUCCCUGGAGAAAGGACAGCUUGUGGAAAAAGUCACUUUGCGUGCUCCCUUCAUUUAUAUGCACACAUUAUUAUUCCACUAAACUCAAAGAGGAAGAAAUAUACUAUCCAGUACGUGUAUUUCUUCACUCACCUUAGGUCUGAGCUGCUGCUUUUGCUCCGUGCCUGGUACAUCAUAGGGGCUCAACAAAAAUGUGCCAACAGAACAAGUGAACUGGCCACUGCAAAGAUCAGGGAAACUCUCUUGUAAACAUUUGGUUAUAUGUGGCAUCCGGAAGCCGAGAGACAUGAGUUCUAAUCCUGACUCGGUGUUUUCUUGGCUUUGGGAACUCGGGCAGUUUAACUGAACCUCACUGAGACUCAGUUUUCCCAUCUGUGAAAUGGGAGCUCCUCAUGGUUCUAUGGUUUAAGUAAGAGUACAUAUAUAAAUGUAAAGUGCCUAAGGCAGAGCCUGCUGCUUACUAAGCCUCUUUGAAUAGUAGUUAUUAUUAAUGCUAUUACUUUUUUAAAUGCAAUACGCCAGAAGUCGGCUGAGAUCCCUGUCCUUUGUGGGCUCCAACCUUGCCCCUUACAGUGAAAGACCUCUUGUGCCCUUUCACUUUUCACCUCCCUGCAGGAAUUUGAUGUAUGAGAUGGUGGUAUGCAAUGGUGGGUGAGGUGGGUGGGUGUUGCUUAGUCGCCUCUGAUUCUGAGCUAUUUUUGCUGAAUUCUUCAGGGCCUUUUCUAAAUAAGCCCUGCUUUCUACCACAGCUGGUUGUAAGGUUGGAGGCACCAGAGGGAGGAGAGAGCACGUUGGACACUGAUGACAUGCCAACGUCCCCGGCUGCUGCCCCCUCCCAACCAGAAAAAGGUGCCUUAGACUAGCCAAUCCUCGCGCCGCUGUAAAUCUAAGCUCUGCCUACCCCUACCUUCUUUAAAAACUCGCUGCCUGCCCUGCUGAGUGCGACUUCCCCAGUCUCCGUUUCUGACUGGGAAACCUCGCCUGGGAAUUGCGUUCAAAUAAACUACCUGGCCCUUU